UUCCGGUGAAGUGGACAGACAGAUUUUUGUUCGAGAAACAAGGAAUUUCUGGUAUUUUGUUUAACCCACUCGCUGUGAUUUGUUUUCAGUGUUCAUUAACACUGUGCUGUAAACACUGCCAUCCAUACAUAACUCCAUCACAAGACCAGCCAUGGAUGAAGUCUCUUAGGAAGACUUGAGUCUCAGCAGAGAGACCACUUCCGAUGUGUGCUGAUCUGUGUGACCCUCCGCACGCUGUCCAGUGUCACGUGGAUGGGCUAGGGGAAUACCUUAAGGCCGGUGUAGAUGUACAUGCGGUGAAUUUCCUGGGACAAACAGCACUACACCAAGCCGCAUCUAUUGGGGCCUCUGGUUAUGUUGGACUACUGGUUGACGCAGGCGCAGACUUGGAGGUCACAGACAGGAAAGGUCAGACGCCGCUGUACAUUGCUGUAUUCAAUCGCCAUAACGACACCGUGAAGUUAUUGUUAGAGCGUGGCGCAGAUCCUGAGGGGAGUCAGAAGAAUCUCAACACGCCAUUAUGUAUUGCUAUCAUGUACAAAGAUGUCGAAAUAUUGAAGCUUUUAUUGGAAUACAAUGCGAGCCCUGUCGUAACCUUCAGUAACGGUCGAGUCUGCGCAGUGGACUUCCUCCUGUCUACCGCCAUUGAUGGUGGGACAUGCUUUGAUCUGAUAAAGCUGCUGCUCCUCCAUGGCUGUGAUAUAGACUACAAUCCCAGGACAUGUCGUAGAAUGGCCAUGUCUCCGAUGUUUGCUUGCAUCUUCUUCCUGAAGCCGAUGGCCGUCCUGCUGAUGUUGUACGAGUUUGGCUGCAAGAGAUGGGACUUCAACUGGCGAGAUAACCGGCUCUACGACAGACGAGAGGACAACGAGACAUUCAAAGCUUUCGUCAGUCAGAAAGCAGCCUCUCCGCGCACCUUGAUGUCCAUCUGUCGGCUUCAUUUAUAUCGUACCUUCCAGAAAAGACCACUGAAGUUUGUGGAUCCUCUACCCCUACCGCCAACCGUGAAGGAUUAUCUCAAAUUUGAAGACCUACGAUUUUUGUGAACGCAAAACUUCCUAUGUGCUCUGUCAUUUUGACCUUGCAGCACGGUUCUUGUACAAAUUACAACCAUGGCUACAUAUGCAGGACUGUUCCUCGUGUUCCCGCGGUAUCGUUUGUCGCCCAUACCGCUUGCGUUCCACUAAAAGAUUUAGAGAUAAAUGGAAUUGUUAUGUGUAUUUGAUUUCAUUGUCUCUCGGCAGUAAGGGGUUUGGAAAGGUUUCCGAACUUUACUAGUGCAUGUAUUUAUAAUUCUCAAGGUCAGUAAUUAUAACGACUGUUAUUAAUCCCUGAUCCCCUCUUGUUAUUGCUCACUGGCAACGAAUCAUUAUUUUGAAUACAUUUAAAGGAAAUAAAACCUCCAGUCAACAU